UAUCUUCUAUUUUGUCAAAUAUUUAAUUAUUAUGCUAACUAUGUUCCCAUGCACCACCCAUGGAUUAUAUUCUACUCGGAAGCCUGCUAGUGUAGGAAUUUCCGGCUACGUCAGGGCGUCAGGACUCCAUUAGAGUUGCAGCUGUUUUGAGAGAAACAUCAACAAAAACGAGCUGACAUUAGGCUCUGAGUCUGGCAACAAGGCCUUCAAUCUGGAAGCAUAACCUACAUUUCCCACCCGGAGCUUCGCCGGUUUCUAACCACGGCCGCUCUCGGUGAGGAAACUCUGGCCUCCGCUUCCUCCUCCUCCGACUCGGACACCGGCGGAGCGUCGCCGCCCCCGCGGAAGAAACACCGAGCCUCGGCGGCGGAGGGAGCAGGAGAGCCCGGGGCUUCAGCCGUUGUAACAGGCCUCUCUGGAGUUGUCCUAGGACUUGCCGCACACUCUCAAACCACCUCUACCAUUCACUUUAAUCGAAGUGUCGUUAACAACUUUAGCAACAGCAUGCAGUCAAACGGGGCAAGUCAGGGACAAGAAUCCUCUGAGCUUCCCUGCCUGAACAGCGCACAAAACGGGGAGUCAUCAUCCUCGGCCGGUGGAAACCACUCAAACGGGCUUCUGUCCAACGCGGACAACGGUAACGGUGUCGGUACCAGUAACGGGUCUUCGGUUGGACCUUGUUCGGGGACUUCGGCUACCUCCACGGCCUCGGGUUCGGAGGUGGGCUCGUUGAAAAAGAAGAAACGGCUGUCGCAGACUGAGGAAGAUGUCAUACGAUUAAUAGGACAACAUCUCCACGGACUAGGGCUGAAUCAGACGGUGGACCUGCUGAUGCAGGAAUCAGGCUGCAGACUGGAGCACCCUUCAGCGUCCAAAUUCCGCAACCACGUCAUGGAAGGGGAGUGGGACAAGGCUGAGAAUGAUCUCAACGAGCUGAGAGCACUGAUGCAUUCUCCCAACGCCAUUGUGCGUAUGAAGUUCCUGUUGUUGCAACAGAAGUACCUAGAGUAUCUGGAGGACGGCAAGGUCCUGGAGGCUCUGCAGGUUCUCCGGGGAGAGCUGACGCCGCUCAAGUACAACACGGACCGGAUCCACGUCCUCAGCGGGUACCUAAUGUGUAGCCAUGCCGACGACCUCCGAGCCAAGGCAGAGUGGGAGGGCAAGGGCACAGCCUCUCGCUCCAGGCUCCUGGAUAAAUUACAGACGUACCUGCCCCCAUCCGUGAUGCUGCCUCCUCGGCGACUACACACUUUGCUGCGGCAAGCGGUGGAACUGCAGAGGGAUCGCUGUCUUUAUCACAACACCAAGCUGGACAACAACCUGGAUUCAGUCUCCCUUCUCCUCGAUCAUGUCUGCAGCAGGAAACAGUUUCCCUGUUACACCCAGCAGAUUCUGACAGAGCAUUGUAAUGAAGUGUGGUUCUGCAAAUUCUCAAACGAUGGCACCAAACUAGCGACUGGCUCCAAAGACACGACUGUCAUAAUCUGGCAAGUGGACCCGGAGAGCCACCAACUGAAGCUGCUGCGAACCCUGGAAGGGCACGCAUACGGCGUCUCCUACUUAGCCUGGAGUCCUGACGACACCUACCUGAUCGCCUGUGGACCUGACGAUUGCUCUGAGCUCUGGCUCUGGAAUGUCCAGACGGGGGAGCUGCGGACCAAGAUGUCCCAGUCCCACGAAGACAGUCUUACCAGUGUGGCCUGGAAUCCUGACGGCAAACGCUUUGUCACCGGUGGACAAAGGGGGCAGUUUUAUCAGUGUGACCUGGACGGGAACUUGUUGGACUCGUGGGAGGGGGUGAGAGUUCAGUGCCUGUGGUGCCUGAGCGAUGGGAAGACUGUGCUGGCCUCGGACACCCAUCAGCGUAUCAGAGGGUACAACUUUGAGGACCUCACAGACAGAAACAUAGUUCAAGAGGACCACCCUAUCAUGUCUUUUACCGUUUCAAAGAACGGUAGAUUAGCUUUGUUAAAUGUAGCAACUCAGGGAGUGCACCUGUGGGAUCUUCAAGAUCGGGUGCUUGUGAGGAAGUACCAAGGUGUGACCCAGGGCUUCUACACCAUCCACUCCUGCUUUGGAGGACACAACGAAGACUUCAUCGCCAGUGGCAGCGAAGACCAUAAAGUGUACAUCUGGCAUAGGCGUGGCGAACUUCCUAUUGCCGAGCUCACAGGCCAUACACGCACCGUUAACUGUGUGAGCUGGAACCCAGCCAUCCCGGGCCUCAUGGCGUCCGCCUCGGACGACGGCACAGUGCGCAUCUGGGGUCCCGCUCCAUUUCUCGAUUCGCAAGAGGCAGACGGACUCAACGAAAACAGCAGUAACAUGGACAGUUGAUGGUGACCUACCGAGCAGAUGACGUCUCAAUUUGACAACAACCCAAGAAUCCUACAGUGUAACAAAACGUAAAUGGGCAAAUACAAUUUGAUAUCACCAGAGAGAAAGCGAAGAAAAACCCAACAAAUGUCACCGACCCAUCUGAGAAAACAAAAAGCAAGAAAAAUAUGGCUCCAGAACCGGCCUAGACAAAUGGUGGACAUGACGACAGACUCCCUGGAAUUUUGGGUCCGCAUCCACACAAAAAAAAAAAAUUUGGAUCCCUUUUCUAAAGGCCUGGAAAGUCAGUCAGAAUUCAGCAGGAUCUUCCUCUGAUGAACUGUAACAGCUGUUCUCCUCACUUCUAACUGACCCCCCCCCCUCGUCCUCCAUUUUGCUCCGGUGUCAGUAGACAUGCCAGCUCUUUGCAAGUAUCUGAGGAAAUCCACUUCCACCCUGAGCCUGGGGCCCGCUGCAUCCUCGCGAUGCCUCCAGACGGACGGGGCGGACCAGCCCCUCUCCUUGCCGGACUACAGCCGUCUGCCCGUUUGUCUCAGACUCUCUAAUGUCUCUAUGGACAUGGGUGGGGGAACUUGUUGUUGAGAGAGGAGGAUGGUGCGUGUGGGGCGGGGGAGGGCUAUAGUAGGUCAUCUGUGUGUGUGUUGUUUUUUUUUUUUUUUUUUCCCUUUUUCCCCUUUUUACUUGCUAAAUUCUUCAGCUGAAAAUUCACGGUGAAACCAUCAACAGACCAGCUGAUAAAGAACACCGAUAGGCUAUGCUAACUGUUUGAAGUUUUUUUUUUUUUUUUUUUAAUGAUAGUCAUAGUGUUCAUUCUUGUUUAAGAGGCAAACCCUUGCUCAUGUAGUGCCCAAGGAAAACUUCAGCGUGAAGAUUCCACGUUCUGUUUCUCAGCUUUAGGAGGGGGGAAAAAAAACUUUUUAUUCCCCUUAUUUAACAUCCGUCACGGACAGCUCCCCCAUUCCCUCCCUCCUGUCGAGCUAGCCUGUGCACAACUCCGUUAAAUCUACCUAGGAGGAGGACAGAGUGAUCCACAGGUUACAUAUCCACUGUGAGGGGGUCACACACUGGUGGCGAGGUGUGCUUUCCAUCAUCGAGACACGUGUGUGUAUAUAUAUAUAUAUAUGUAUGUGUGUAUAUAUAUAUAUAUAUAAACCAAGACCUUUCUCAGAAAGAGACGCUUUCAGACGUGGAGUGCAACUUCAUUUGCACGCUUAGUGACUGCUGUCCCUCCUGUGUGAGAGUGGAUGAGUGCGAGUGUGAGUAAUAGUGACAAGAGUGUUUUUUUUGCAUGCACACAGUAGAGCGAGAGUGGACAUUAUUGGGUGCAGAUUUAAUUGGCGCGUGUUUUAUUUUGUUGGUUUUUUUUUUUUUUUUUGUAUGUGUGCAAAUCACACCAGCAGAAGAUUCUCUCCCUUCCUCUCCCCUCAUCCCCUUGUUUUCAUAGUAAAAUUGUUCCAGAUUUUAAACCAAUUCUGAGUUAUCCAAAGCCCCAUAGGGACCUCUAUGUCUGUGGGACAAAAAAAAAAGACAUUUUGUAAAAAAAAAAAAAAAAAAGAUUUUUUUUUUUUUUUAAUGUGGGGCUUUCAUUUUUACAUUAGAAUGUGUUUUGUCCUCAACGAUGCAGCAUUCAAAUGGCACUGAUAUGUUGACAUAAGAUUCGUUGGGUGAAGCGAAGCAAAAUACAAAAAAAGAAAAAAAUGAAUGCAAUUUAAGUGAGACACCAGAAAGAGGCUGAAAGUUUGUAAAGGCAUGGGCCGGUACGAGAUUCUGUG